UCAGCUGCUCUCUGUGGGUGGGAGAGGAGGAGCAAGGUGGGGCCGCCGAGGAGGAGGAGGAGGAGGAGGCAGCUUCCUCUGCUGCAGGCCGGGACUCCCCAGCCUUGUUUCUGGAGAGCACCCCCAGCUGAGGAAAGCUCUCCAGACGCCGCAGCAGCAGCGCCCAUGGCGGAAGACCCCGAGGGAGAGGCGGCGGCCAGAACGGCUCUGCUGGCGGCCAAGGAGGAGCCCGCCGCCGCCGCCCACUCGCUCCUGAUGGUGCUGGGGAAGAGCUUGUUCGCUGCCCUGCCUAUCGCUGGGAUCGUCAUCGGAGCAGUCUACCUCGGCCAGUGUCCCCACCAGCCCCUCAUCCCCAUCUACUUGGUGGUUCUGGGGGCAGCCGUCCUCUUCCUGAUGUUCCUCAGCUGCGUGCCCUGUGGGGACGGCACUGACCAGCGGAGCUCUCUGACCCGCCACCUCCGAGCCCUCUGCCUGCUCUUCCUCUGUGGCUGGUUCAUGGCAGGCAACGUCUGGGUCUACACCAUCUACCCCCCCGACUACGAGACCCCCGAGCAGCCCAGGUUCUGCCAGCGCACCCUCUUCCUCUUCGCCUUCGGCAUCACCACUGCAGUCCACGUGGUCCUGGGGGUGGCUCUGCUGCUUUCCCUCUGCAUCCUGGUGGGCAUAUUCGUAUUCGACGCCAUUCUGCCCUAUGGGGGCCAUGGCUCUCGGGGGGGUCCAUAGGGGCUGUUACAGUGGGUGUGCGGGCGGGGGGGGUGUUCUGCUGC